GAUUUCACACAAAGCUUCCUGAAGCUCAGCUGAGCAGGUGGUGCAAGACAUCUCAAACCUGUGUCCUUCAAUACAAAAAAAUAAAUUAAACAAAAUAGAGAAUUUUUUUUUUUUUUUUAAAGGAUUUCAUCGGAUAAUCCAAUGAUCGAAAUUAAAGCACACCUCAGCUCACUUUAAAGUGUGUGACUGCUUUGAGAGGAAAGGAAAAAAGAAUUCAGAAGGACAAUUUCACUAUUACACGCUGAAGAUGACUUGUGCAAAUGUGAUGUCGAGGUUUGGCCCGCCGGUCUCCGUGAGGUCUGUGGACAUGACCGUGGGCUUCAGGUGCAGAGGAUCUCCAAACAUCAAUCACCUGCUCGGCGUGUCUUCGCCCAAACCCCUGCGGCCCUGCAUCGCCCAUCAGCCGGUGAUUGAGUACAGACACUCCCCUUCCACAGGCCUCAUCAAAGCCAAAAGCAGCCGCUGGGAAAAACGCGUCGCGUUCGCGGACGCCAAAGGACUUUCGCUCAUCACGGUGCGCCUGUUCUCCGAGAAAGAAGACAAGAUCUCGCGUGAACCGGUGAAAAUACCACGGCUGAAGAAGCUGGGCUGCGCUAAAGAGACUGUUAAUAAUACUUCGAGGUUGAGGCUCGGGUUUGAGCAGCCCUGUGGAGAUUUCCAGGCGUUCAGGAGUCGGAUUCAGGAACGCAUGGUGGCGUUGGAGAGCUGUAAAGUCACCAGGUGCGCCAUCCUCGGCACCGUGCGCGUCAAAAACGUUUGUUUUGAGAAAGCGGUGCAAAUCCGUAUAACUUUCGACGCCUGGCGCAGUUACCAGGACGUGGCGUGUAGGUACCUGGAGCAGAGUUAUGGGGAACCUGGAACUGACGUGUUUGAGUUUAACAUCAGCGUCCCUGAGCGGAUAAACGCGCGCGAGCGCAUCGAGUUCUGCGUGUCUUACUUACCCGCUGCGUUCAGUGCUGCUCAGUGGGACAAUAAUAACGGCAAAAACUACUGUAUUUAUGUGUGUGAAGUGUGACUGAAUGUGCUGUUUUCUAAUGACACUUUCACACUGUUUGUGCAAACAAACCCAAAACUACAAACGUUGCACUUUGUCACCUGCUUUCUGACCCGUUUAGCACAUACUGACUAAAUUGCUGUGCCACCAUAACGUAGUGCUUUUUUUGAGCACUGAAAUGUAUUUUAUGAAUUGAUUUAUUUGUAAUAUUUGGCAAAUCAAUGCGUAUAAGUCUCAUGCUGUGGAAAUGUUUAUUAAACCUUGCAUGAUGUGGAAAAUAUUUUUUGAGAUUUGUAUUGAAUAAAUGUAAUUUUAUAUUUUAUACUUUUAAAGAUUAAUUAUUUUAGGAAUGUGCCAUUUAUUUUGUAAAAUUGAGCACUUUACCAUGUUUAUGAAACACUUGCAUACUGUGGGUAAUUUUUAAUGUAUUUUAUCAAAUAAAGUGCACGGAACUUUCAUCCUAA